AAUAUCAGUUUAUCAAACAAAGGCUGUUUCGGCGGUUACUCACUGAGUACUGAGCCUGUGCACAAUGUUUGGACCACAUGGUUUCACUGAUGGAACUUGUUCGAUGAUGCAAAUGUAGCAAGAAGUUCUUGAGGAUGAUAUCAACCCGAACGAAUUGCACAAUUCUUCCAUCUUUUGCGGUGUUCAAACGUUCCGCCCGUGGGAUGUGCGGCCGAAAAAAAUCUAGUCUGUUACAAUUGAUGGCACUGCAUUGACUUCCUUUGUACUCGACCUCAUGCGACCAUCCUUCGGUUAAUAAAUAAUCAAGAUGGGAAUGGGUAUCAUCGUUAUGAUGCUAAUUUUGGUUCACUACAAGCGCUGGAUGGCGGGUAUUUAGCACGAACGCCAUCGUCAUAUGUCUACCACGUUUACCGCUCCCCUGCAUCCGUCCUCAAACAAUAUGACAAUAGUCUCAGAUGAUCCCAGCUGGUGGCCCUUUAUCAAUUCGAGUCGCAUAGCCAGCUAUUUCGCAGUUGCGGCCUCUGCUGGAGUGAUGUACGAUUGGGUACUGACACUCGGACAAGAGGUCGAACUGAUCUGGAGACAACGCUGGUCUCUCAUGACCAUCCUGUACCUCGGUUUGCGCUACCUUGGAAUAUUAUACGCUGUCUUUAAUAUUCUUCUAAAUGUUUUAACAAUCCCGGUGACUGAUACAGUGAGCCGUAUUAUGUAUCUUACAAUGAAUUGGGCAGGCGUCGUCGCUUUUGCCAUAAUCUGUGCCAUCAUGACCGCUCGGUUGCAUGCCAUGUAUCAGCAAUCUAUACGUUUAUUUAUUUUUCUCAUUGUCAUCUUCUUGGCAGUCAACAUCACGAAUGGAAUAAUCUUUGCAAUAGUGAUGAAGGGUAGUUUGGAGGAGGAGCUCAUUCUCUCCGGCACCUAUCAGUGCACCGGCAAUGGAGAUAUCGAUAUCUCACUCCUGUCUUCCAUGAAUUGGAUGCUUGCCACUAUAUGGGAGGUCUUCGCAUUGUGUCUUAUAGUUUGGAUUGUUAUCAAGCACUUUCGUGGACUCCAACGACCGUGGGCGGCAUGGAUUACUAUCAGUGACUCUGUCACGGUGCUGAUGAAAACUCACAUACUUUACUUUGCGAGCUUUCUUGCUAUUUCUUGCUUCAGAUUCGUUUAUCUGUCUCCAACAAUCUCAGCGGAUCAAUAUUCCAUGGGGACACAAAUUUACGAGGGUGUCCUUCAAAUUCCGAUGCUUGUCCAGAGCUUUGUGCUGGGACCACGCCUCAUCCUUAGCGUUCGAGAACAUCAGGCUAAGCUCGCGGCUGAGUCUGAUGCGGGGAUCAGCAUGACUUCAAUAGUCUUUCAAGACCGGAUGCAUGUGUCAACUGGCAGUGGUGUGUAGUACGGGAGGUUGUGAUAAAAACUUGAUGGGUACUCUGUAAGGAGCAGCA